CGUUGUAGUGGAGCCGAGGAUUUUGAAAGAAAGGAAAUAAAGUGGUCCUCGUGUAAAACUGGAGCCUCUGUGUUUGUUAUUUUGGAGUAUGGACCAUAGGACAGGACGUUAAGAAGCUGUGGAGGCCUAAGAUGCUCUACUAGUCUGCUGGAAAUCCAAAGAAGACGAAGGAGUCAAAAGCAAAAUGGCGUUUGACAGAGAAGGCCUAAACGUGGCCACUGGCCAUUAUUGUUUCUCUAUUUGUAUUUAGUGCAUACAUGUACGCAUAUAUGUCGUGUAGUAGAUGAAACAUUGUUAGUCAUUGUUUGUAUCCGGAUACAUUAGUCUGAGCGCACUUUAUCAAGUCUUGUGCUAGUUAGCUUAGCUUGCUAGUUAGCUUAGCUUGUUAGCUGCUAACAAAGAGACGCGGACGUUAUCAACACAUCGCUAAGUAGAGAUCAAAUGUGAGUGUAAAGUGUUGUGAUUGUGUGAAAAUGUGCGAAAGAACGAUAGCAAAGUACGAGGAGGAACUUUGUCCAACAAAAGAGGAGAAGGAGCGACAACAUCAACUACUGGACGCUGUUUUCAAGAAACAUCAAGUUGUGUUACACAGAACAGACGUCCAGCAGCCCCCUCACAUUAAAGAGGAAGAGGAGGAAGUGUGGAUCACUCAGGAGGAAGAGUCUCUUCUAGGGCAGGAGGAGGCUGAUCUCAGCAAGUUUCCACUGACUGUUGUCUCUGUGAAGACUGAAGAGCAUGAAGACAAACCACCUGAGUCCUCACAGCUUCAUCACAGUCCAAACGUCUGCGAAGAACAACUUCUGCCUGAAAAACAGGAGUGUAGCUUCAGGAUGGUGAAGGAGGAUCCAUCAAAGAGGAAGACCAGGCGCCACAGACCCUCUGGUGUCUCCUUUUCCUCUUUGACACAGACCCUGCCCUGUAAAAAGGAAGAGGAAGACUCACUGACCCCGCACAUUAAAGAGGAAGAGGAGGAACACAGCAUCAGUCAGGAGGGAGAUCAUAUUGAAGGAUUGGUGGAGUUCCCAGUGACUGGUGUCCCUGUGAAGAGUGAAGAUGAUGAGGUCAAAGGUGAAAGUGAGGAGAAGAGCAGCAGCUCAACACAACACAUGACAACAGAAGCUGAUGGAGACCACUGUGGAGGAUCACAAGCAGACAAGCUCUUAGCUCCACUAUCAGAUAGUGAGGACACAACGUCACACUCUCCUGACACUGAUGAUGAAGACUCUAAAGAUGAUAAGACAUGUCACACUGACAACACUCACUUCAAAUGUUCUCACUGUGACAAAACCUUUAAAUACCUUAGUUAUCUGAAAAGACACACGAGUACUCACACUGGAGAAAAACCUUUUUCUUGUUCAAUCUGUGGUAAAGGUUUUGUAGAAAGUUUUAAAUUAAAAGUACACAUGAGAACACACACUGGUGAAAAACCUUUUAUCUGUUCAAUCUGCAGUAAAGGUUUUGUAGACAGUUGCACAUUGAAAGUACACAUGAGAACACACACUGGUGACAAACCUUUUUCUUGUUUAAUCUGUGAAAAAGGUUUUGUACAAAGUCAUAACUUGAAAGAACACAUGAGAAUACACACUGGUGAAAAACCUUUUAUCUGUUCAAUCUGCGGUAAAGGAUUCGUACAAAGUCCCAAAUUGAAAGUACACAUGAGAACACACACUGGUGAAAAACCUUUUUCUUGUUCAAUCUGUGGUAAAGGUUUUACACAAAAGUCAUGUUUGAAAAUACACAAAAUAACACACACAGGAGAAAAAAUAUUUAUUUGUUCAAUCUGUGGUAAAGGUUUUGUUCUAAGUAACUAUUUGAAAGUGCACAUGAGAACACACACUGGUGAAAAACCUUUUUCCUGUUCAAUCUGUGGUAAAGGUUUUGUAGAAAGUUUUAAAUUAAAAGUACACGUGAGAUCACACACUGGUGAAAAACCUUUUAUCUGUUCAAUCUGCAGUAAAGGUUUUGUAGAAAUUUGCACAUUGAAAGUACACAUGAGAACACACACUGGUGAAAAACCUUUUUCUUGUUCAAUCUGCGGUAAAGGUUUUGUUCUAAGUAAAUAUUUGAAAGUGCACAUGAGAACACACACUGGUGAGAAACCUUUCACAUGUCCAAUCUGCAACAGAAGCUUUUGUGACCGAUCAAACCUUGUAGCACACAUGAGAACACACCCAGGAGAGAAAGUGUUAAGUUGCAGUGUGUGUGGUGAAAGAUUGUCUUCUAAGUACCAGUGUAAGAAACACAAGUGUGCUGGUGAGAACAGCAGCAGCAAAUGAAACUGCAGGAUUUGAAAUAAAAUGUCAAGACUUUAAUUAUGACGUUCUAACAACAUCAGCACAUAUAACAUGUGUGACAUUGUUGUUUGUGUAACAAUCUUUUUAAUAUGCUUCUACAUUUAUAGAUGAGAUAUUUUGUAUUGGUGCUUUUUUUCAGUCAAGUACAUGCAUUAAUAUGCAACAUUGUGUACUUUUAUUAAACAUUAGACAGAAAAGUUUGACUGAAAAGGUGAGAGUAAACACUACAAGACAUAUUUUACAUACAAUAAACAUUUUAUGUGUAUAUAUAUUCAUUAUACAAUUUUAGACUUAUUCAUAAUAGUGUUUUCUAUAGGUGUUUGAAAUAUUGAAGUGUGGCAUAUUUUUAUUUCUAAUGAUUAAUGAUCCCAUAGAUUAGCACCUUUAUAUGAUAUACAUAUGUACUGGUUCACAUCUGAAACAUCUUCUGGACCACUUCAGGAAGCAUAUUAUUAUUUACUUUAUACAUCAUUUGAACAGUUGUCUUUUAUACAAUUUUAAAAUUUGUGACUUUAUGAAUUAUUUGUUGGGUCUCUAUAAUCCAUUUUAUUAAUUAUCUUUAUUACUCUCUUUUGUAAUAUGAUGAUUGUGUUGUGAUUGUUUUAUAUGUAUGUACUCAGACCUUUAUGCAAUAAAAAAUAG